UGAUAACAAAUGCUGCAUUGAUAAGGUCUAAUGAAUAUGUUUUAUGCAAAUACCGCAGUUAACUGGGUUCUUGCUUUGCUGAUUGUAUUAUCAACAACGUUUGCUUGUGAACUGGGAUGCAACUUACAAAAACCACCAUAUAAUGUUGACUGGUCGAAGAUGCCACCGAAGUGGUAUUUAUCCAGUCACACACCGGAUGAAACGUUUUCAAAUGUUAUAGCCUGUCAAAUAAUAGAAAACAUCACAAAUUCUGGACCUGAUGAUUAUCGCAUUUUUCUGAAGAACUACUAUGUUUCCGGGGCCGACCCGAGGAGCUUCUGGUUUCACGGACAGAUGAAACAUGAUUCAUGCUUUUAUUCAGGAACAGAUGAAGGACCAUCCAUCCAAGUCAAUUCUGAAGUAUCCUUAAACUAUAAUGACAUAAAGGCUGUUAUUGAAGAAACCAGACGCCAUAACUCAGGAAAGCAUCAUGUAGUUUCGACAGAUUAUUCAACAUACCUGAUUUUUGCGAUAUGUAUCAAAGAAGAGGAUGAGUUGCUUGUCCUGGUUUUUCAAUCGACACCGGAUCCGUCCGAUAAAGACAUGUUGCAAGCUGAAAAUGGCCUUCGCAUUAUCAAAGCACACUCUCCCUUGGAACCGUCGAAAUGUUUUCAGCACGACUUCGAAAAAAAGAAAAGAUAGAAAUGAUCGAUCUACACUCAGAAAAA